CGGGGCGGGGUGGGGCUUUUUUCUCUGCAGCCGCAGCGGCGGCGAUGCUCCGGUCUCCGCUCAGAUGAUGGCUGUGGGGCGGCUGCUCCUCCAGCCGCGGCCGUGAGAGCCGCAGCAGCACCCGCCGGGAGAGGCGCGGUGCCAGGGGAAGGCAGGACCUUGCAGCGGGGCUCUUCUCCGCCGUGCACCAGGGCUGAAACCCGACCGGGCUGCCGCGCGAUUGCACUUGCCUCAGGUCGCCAAGGACGUGGGGGGAAUCCGCAGCUUUGACCGACCAUUGCUUGCGGGCUGGGGGCAGCAUUUCCUUUGCCUUGCGUUUGGGCUGGGCUCUGGCAGAGUCCUGGCCCCUUGCGAUUAGCACCGAGCCUUCUGCUUGCAGCUAGGGACUGUGCUAAGGCUCGGCACCGCUUUCCCCCCCGAAGUGCUGCGUGCACCGCCGCAGCCCGGAUUAUCCCCUCCCCCGAUCUUGCACUGGCACCGAAUUUCCUUUUGCAGCCCCUCGGCCGGGGGCUCUUUCUGGCGGGGGAGUAAGCGAGCGAGUGGAUUACUUCGCGGUGCUCUUUGCAGGGUGUGCGGGUCCAGGCCAGGCUGCCUAGCCGCGGAGAGCGUGAGGCGCCACCAUGGCUUGGCCCUGCAUCACCCGGGCGUGCUGCAUCGCCCGCUUCUGGAACCAGCUGGACAAGGCGGACAUCGCGGUCCCUUUGGUCUUCACCAAAUACUCCGAGGCCACCGAGAGCUCCGCGGCCCAGGCGGGUUUGCAGCAGCAGCCGCCGCCACGCCCUUCCUCUGCCAUCGAGACCCAGCCCUCCAUCCUGGGCGGCGACCUGGAUGCAGUUGCCAGGGCGACUGCGGCUGGGGGGGACCACAAGGCUGGGCCGGGGCAGCAGCCGCUGGCCGACUCGGUGAUGCGCCAGGACUACAAGCACUGGAAGGUGCAGCGGCCGGAGCCCAGCUGCAAACCCAAGAGCGAGUACCAGCCCUCGGAAACCCCCUUUGAGAAGGAGAGCCAGUACCAGAAGGAUUUCCGGGCCUGGCCCAUCCCCAAGAGAGGGGACCACCCCUGGAUCCCCAAGCCAGCCCCGUCCCCUGGGCCAGCCCCGGACAAGGGCCCCCAGGAGAAACCUCCCAGCCAGGAGAAGAGGAGGAAGCUGCAGCCAGGGCAGGAGAAGAAGGAGGAGGAGGCAGAGCAAAGGGCAAAGGAGGAGGAGCCCAAGGCAGCCAGGGCUGAGGAAGGGCAGAAGAAGAGGGUCCAGGUGGUCGAGGAUGGAGGGCAGCAGCAGCCCGUGCUCUCGGCAUCCCAGGAGGCAGCCAAAGGGCGAGCAGCAGUGGAUGCCCUCAACAGGCAGAUCAGAGAGGAAGCGGCAGCCGGGGUGAGCAGCUCCUACAGAAAUGAAUUCAGACCUUGGAUAGACGUCAACAGAGUUAAGCUUAUAAAAGCUAAGUCCCAGUACAAGCCCCCGGACGAGAAAGUGAGCCACGAAACCAGUUACAGUUCUCAGUUCAAGGGGGAGCCCAACAAGCCUGUACUAGCCGAUAACAAAUUCAUCGAUCGCAGGAGGAUACGCAGCCUGUACAGUGAGCCCUUCCAAGAAUCUUCAAAGGCGGAGAAGCGUAGUGUUCAGCCUUCCAAACCAAAAAAGACAACAACGAGCCAUAAACCACUGAAAAAGGCCAAAGACAAGCAGAUCGCAUCUGGCCGGGCUGCCAAGAAAAAGAGUGCCGAGAGCUCCAGCGGGACAAAGCCAGAGGACAAGGGGAAAAGUAAAGAGAUGAACAAUAAAUUGGCUGAGGCUAAAGAGUAAAUUUCACUGCACUUUUCUCUCUCUUUCUUUCAUUUUUCUUUUAUUAAAUAAAGGCCACAAAAUUAAUUAGAGGCUUCUAAUCUGCCUUUGUUCUGAUUGUAUUAGAAGCUUUUAUGUUUUAUUUCCAAGGAGGAUUAGGAAUACUCAUUUCAGAGGUCAGGUUUUCAGCUUUGCCUGCAUGACACAGAUCUACACAGACUAAUGGGGGGAAGAUAAGGAGGGUGGAAUGCACAGAGGAUUGUAGGAUUACAAAGGUUUUCAAUUAAUUGUGUGCUGCGAAUGUAUUAAAAGGCUUGUCUCUUUCCUUGGGCCUGAUCCUCCAGUGCUUUGAUUACAUAAAGCUGGCAUUUGUUCCACUGGUGCAGUUCUGUUCCUAAGAGCUGAUUCCAUGAGGCUGUGUGUCCUUUGGGGGGGGGGGGGGGCUGAGCUCUGUUUUCUCUCACUGGGAUCAACAGUAUAGGAGAGGUGCUCAAUAUCUUGCAGGAACAGGCUCUGUAAACCUGGUAUAACUCAGUGGAGUCACUCCAGACUCUCACUACUGUGACUGAGAGCAAAAUUGUUCUCAGAGACAUCAGUAGGUGUUUGGCCCAAAGAAGUGAUGAAGGCUCAGAUCCCUUGCAAGGAAAGAUUUUGGGCUAGAUCGUCAGCUGGUAUAGAUGGGCCAGGCCCAUUUACACCAGCUCAGGAUCUGGCCCUGUGGUGCAGCAGAAUGGAAAAGUGAAGUAAGGCGCAGACAGAGUCCAGCUGGUUGCAAAGAUUUCCUGAAUGGGCUUCAGGUCAGACUCUGCAGGUUGUUCCUCCCUGUCGUUUUCCAGGAUCUGCAUCUUUUUUAUGGUUUCUGAUUUGUUUUGGAUCUUGGUCUGAUUCUUUAGUUUUUCAGAUACAGAUGGAUAUUGUGUGCAACUGGAGUAGGAGGAGGUUUCAGGAAUGGAUUCAAUUUGCAGACAUGGCUUUUUUAUAGGUAGCAUGGAGCAAGUCACCAUUGUUAGCUCUGACUGCCUUUUUAUACACGCUGCUAGGAAAUUAUCACAAGCGCAAUAGUUUUAAAUAUACCUGCACGUUAAGUCAUGGUUGCUCAUAAUUGUGCGAAUGGAGCCAUGACACAGUUAUUGGGAGCCCUAACCUUCAACUUGGCCAAAUCCUCAAGCUCUCAACUCAGUGUUUAUUGUGUCCUUACUCUAGUAAAUUCCCACAAAUGUCAGCAUGACUCAGUAAACACAGAAGGCCUGUUUCCCAGCUGGCAUCAAUUGCCUUGCUCAGUUGAGUUUGAUGGAGCUAUAUUGAUUUACACCAGCUGCGGGUCUGGCCCAGAGUGCUGAUCUCAGCAUUUGGCUCACAGAUUCAGCAGGAGCUAAGAGAGCUAAGUACCUUGUAGGAUUCGUUUCUGCUUGACGAAACUGAGGGCUGGUCUACACUUGGGGGGGUCGAUCUAAGAUACGCAACUUCAGCUACGUAAACAGCAUAGCUGAAGUCGAAGUAUCUUAGAUUGAUUUACCUCUCGUCCUCACGGUGCGAGAUCGACAUCCGCGGCUCCACCUGUCGACUCCGCUACCGCCGUUCGCGCUGAUAGAGUUCCGGAGUCGACGAGAGCACUUUCGGGGAUCGAUAUAUUGUGUCUAGAUGAGAUGCAAUAUAUCAAUCCCCAAGAAAUCGAUACAGCGGGUAGUCUAGACGUACCCAGAGACAUUGAACCACCUGGGUAAUAAACCCCUAGAGCAGCUGUAGGAAUCAUGCCUGUUUGGCCUUGGUUGAUCUUUUUUGCUAUAGCUAAAGUUGCAAAUUUCACUGGGCAAAAGCAACUGGGGGAAAUGUAAGCCGAGAGCUCCAGAACCAUAUUGCUGUAGUGGUAUUGGAAAAAGGAAUAUCUUGCUUCUAGAAUAUAUUAGAUUUCAAUUAAAUACUUGCAACGAUGUUUGUUGUUUUUUUUUCUGGAGGUGGCGAUUUCAGUUUUCAGAAUCUAAAUGUUUGUCAUUUGGUAUGUCUGAAAAAUUAAAAGGGAUGCCACAAUGGAAGGGUAAGAGAAGGUUUCUAAAGAUUAAGGAAGUUCUAUGCUACGGAAAUAGCAAACUUUGCUGGCCUGAGUAAUGAAUACAUACAAAGUUUAGUGUGUUGUGUAAUGUGUCCUGUUUGCCUUGUGCUAACAGCCUAAAGCUUUUAAGUAUAAAUAAGUGUCAUGUUCUGAAUUCAGUGGUGUAUUUCCAAGUUUAGCUGUGUUAGAACUGUGUAGUAUGAACUAACCAGGAUGUUUAUGUGGAAAAAA